AUGGAGUGCAACAAAGAGGAGGCAGUCAGGGCAAUGCAACUUUCUGAGAUAAAGAUACAAAGCAAUGAUUUUACAGGAGCAAGGAAGAUGGCACAAAAGGCACAACGACUCUUCCCUGAGCUUGAGAACGUUGAGAAGUUACUCACAGUCUGUGAAGUUCACUGUUCAUCAGAAAACAAAAUAGGUGGAUCUGAAAUGGACUGGUAUGGAAUUCUUCAGAUUCAAAAAUUUGAUAAUGAUGCAACCAUCAAAAAACAGUACAGGAAGCUUGCGCUGUUACUUCAUCCUGAUAAAAAUAAGUUUUCUGGUGCGGAGGCUGCUUUUAAGCUGAUCGGGGAAGCAAACAGGGUGCUGGCAGACCAAGCGAAACGCUCUGUGUAUGACAUGAAGUGUAGAGCUCUAGCAAAAACUGGUGCACCAAAACCAUCAACUCAUCUGUCAAACGGAAACUUAUUUGUCAGGAAACAUAACAAUACUGCAAGCAAUAUUCAGAAUAUUCCUCAGUCACAGUACACUAGCAUGAAUCAACAUCAACAGGCGCAACCAGAAACAUUCUGGACAUGUUGUCCUUUUUGUAAGAUAAAAUACCAAUACCACCAAGACUUUGCAAACCGAUUGUUACGCUGUCAAAAAUGCCGAAGAGCCUUUGUUGCUCAUGAUUUGGGUAUUCAAUUUCAGGUGCAUCCAGAAUCUGUCAGGAAUCAAUUUCCGAAUCGAAAAGAGCCUCCAAGUCAGGGUGCUUCUGAUGUAGCCUCACAAAGUAAUGGUGGAACUGGAAACCCAUCCUCCACCAAAUAUCAAAAUGGAAAUGCAGCCUCAAAUCCAUUGUCAAAGACGGGAUUUUCUGAUGAUGUCAGUAUGGAUUCUAACAGUGAAAAGAAAGAUAUUGGGCAUGGGGUUGGAAUGUCCAAGUCUGGUCCAGUGAAGUCCAAGGAUUCAGAAAUUUCAAGAAAUAAGAACAAAAAAAGAGGAAGGAACUCCAUUUUUGAAUCCAGUGAAAGCUGCAAGACUGGAAACAGAGCUACAUCUGAUUCUGAACAUGUUAUUAUUCAAGAGAAGAGGUGGAAGGACAGCCAAUUUUCCAGUGGGGCAUCUAAGACUGAUGGCUCAACUGAUUCUGCCACUACUGCUUCUGUGGGUGGACAUAAGAAUGAGGCAGAACAAAACGUGACUGCUCCUUUAGAAGAAUGUUCGCCCAGCAAAAGAAGCAAACCUGGUGAAUUUGAGAAAAAUGUCAAGGAAGCAGCUAUGCCAGAUAAUGAUGACGGUAAGUUGAAUGCUGAUGUUGGUCCUGGACCAAGUUCAAAUGUCGCAUCCAUGCCAGCGAGCGUUGAGGUUCCUGAUCCUGAAUUUAAUAAAUUUGGGCUUGGCGAGGAUAUGUUGGAAAAUGUUUUUAGUGCUAAUCAGACAUGGGCUCUUUAUGAUCCAGUAGAUGGCAUGCCAAGAUUCUAUGCUCGUGUCAAAAAGGUAUUCACACCUGGAUUUAAGGUGAGAUUCACCUGGCUGGAGUCCAAUCCAGAUGACCAAGGUGAGAUUGCUUGGUGUAACAAGGAGUUGCCAGUUGCUUGUGGUAAGUACACACUUGGUCACACUCAAGAAGUUACAGAUCAUCUUAUGUUUUCUCAUCAGAUGCACUGCAUAAAAGGCAGUGGCAGAAGCUCUUUUUUUGUAUAUCCUAGGAAGGGAGAAACCUGGGCCCUGUACCAGAAUUGGGAUAUUGGAUGGAGUUCUGAGCCUGAAAAGCAUGUGCCAUACAAAUUUGAAUUUGUGGAAGUCGUGUCAGAUUUUGAUGAAAAUAAUGGUGUUGGAGUUGCUUAUCUAGGCAAAGUAAAAGGAUUUGUCAGUCUGUUUCAGCGAAGUGAGCAGCAUGGGGUUAUCUUGUUGCAAGUACCACGUAAUGAGCUAUAUAGAUUUUCUCAUCGAAUUCCGUCGUUCAAGAUGACUGGUGAUGAAAGAGAUGGUGUUCCGAAAGAAUCCUUUGAGUUUGACCCUGCUUCUUUGCCCACCAAUCUUGAUGAUUUCAUUGACUUGAAAAAGGGUAACAGAGCCAUGAAUACUGAACCUAAUGGUUUGUCCCGUGAGUUCCUAGAAAGUGAAGGCAAACCUGUUAUGGGUUCUGGGAGAGUAUGCGCAGCUGAGAAACAGGAGAAUUCUGAAAGAGAGACUUCAAUGCGUAGAUCUCCAAGAAAGGCAAAUAGCCAGUCUGCUAGUUCUGUUAAACUAGAAGCGACUCGAUGUGACCUUACUCAACCCACAGGAAGUGCUUCUGCAUGUCAGUCUGAUGAAAUUAUCAAAACACCAAAGAAACAUCUGAAAAAUGAUUCUGAUAGAGAGACUUUCAGGCUUAGAAGAUCACCAAGGGAUUUAAGUAAGAACAGUACCAGAGCAAAUGUAACUAUGAAGCGCCCAGAUUCCACCAACGAUGAAAGCCAUCCCAACUUCACUCCGUCCAAAAUAAACUCUACUUCUAGUCAGUCAGAUGACAGAAUGCAUUCAAGUGUGAAGGAUCUUCCUUCUGUCGGUUCCAUGAAAAGCCCUGUUACCCCUCCAUCUUCAUCUCCUGCCUGUAGAUUAUCGCAGACUCAGUUCUAUGACUUCGAUGGGCAAAAAUCUGAGGAGAAAUUUCAGCUUGGUCAAAUAUGGGCAUUGUAUAGUGAGAGGAGUGGGAUGCCUAAGACUUACGCUCAACUUAAGAGGAUUGAGUCUAAGCCAAAUUUUCAAUUGCAUAUUGCACUGCUUGAACCUUGCUUGGAACCGGAAGGCAUGAGUGAACCAGUUUGUUGUGGGACAUUUAAAGUCAAAGGUGGUCAAACCAAGGUCUUCCCGCGCACCUCAUUUUCUCAUUGUCUGAAAGCCAAACCUGUUGGUAAGAAGAAUUUUGAAAUAAAUCCCAGGAAAGGUGAAGUUUGGGCACUAUACAAGAACCACAACCCUGAGUUGGCCUAUCCUAACCUGGGGAAGGGUGAAAGUGAGAUAGUAGAAGUCCUGGAAGAUAAUGACCAGAGCACAAAGGUUGUAGUUCUGGCAAAGCUUAAUGGAUAUAAAUCAGUAUAUAGGGCUCCGAGAAUCCACAGAUUGAAAACUGGUGUGAUUGACAUACCACGGGCGGAGAUUGGUAGAUUCUCUCACCAAAUUCCGGCUUUUCAGCAUACCAUGGAGAGUGACAGUCGACUUGCAGGCUAUUGGGAGCUUGAUCCGUUAUCAAUUCCUGGUAUUACGACCAUUUUAAAUUAG